ACUCCCCGCUUCUUCACAGCAUUAGUACAGUAACAUGUCACUUACGUAGCUGCACCGGUGAUAAAGGUUGUCUCGGUAUGUUUUCGCUAAAAACGCUGCUGGUUUCCUGCAGCAGCGCGUUGACCACUUUAAAACACACGAAUGUCGUUCACGCCAAGAGGACUCUUUGCCUGCGUAAAACGCCUCUCUUCAGACGAACAGAUGUCAGGUGGAUUGCACAGCGGCAUUCGUCCAGUUCGGUGGCGGCAACCGGAGAAGACACUUUUCUUAAAUGGUUCCUGCUGCUCAUCCCGGCUACCACAUUUGGCCUCGGUACCUGGCAGGUGAAACGUCGGCAGUGGAAAUUACAGCUGAUCGAUGAACUGACCAGACUCACCACAGCCGAGCCCAUUCCACUUCCAAUUGACCCCCUGGAGCUGACGGGCCUGGAAUACAGGCGGGUGCGCGUGCGCGGCCGCUACGAGCACGACAAGGAGCUGUACGUCCUGCCGCGUUCGCCCGUCGACCCGGAGAAGGAGGCCAGGAUGGCGGGGCGGUUGACAUCCAGCGGCGAGACGGUCGGCGCAAACGUUAUCACGCCCUUUCACUGCACGGACCUUGGCAUCACCAUCCUGGUGAACCGAGGCUACGUCCCCAAGCAGAAGAUGAGACCAGACAGCAGAAUGAAGGGCCAGGUGGAGGAUGAGGUAGAGGUGGUCGGGGUGGUCAGGCUGACAGAGCCCCGCAAACCCUUCAUGCCCAGCAACGACCCCGAGAGAAACCGAUGGCACUUCCGCGACUUGGAAGCAAUGUCAGACGUGACAGGAGCUCAACCCAUUUUCAUUGAUGCUGACCUUGCCAGCACCAUCCCAGGAGGGCCAGUCGGUGGGCAGACGAGGGUGACGCUGAGGAAUGAACACAUGCAGUACAUUAUCACCUGGUAUGGCCUGUGUGCAAGCACUGCCUACAUGUGGUAUGCAAAGUUCAUCAAGAAGCUUAAAGUGUAAAACAUCUGCUGAAUUUGUCUGCAUAAACUCUUCUGAUGUAGCAAUCUGAAUUAAAACAUUGGGGGGGUGUUGAGUGACUUGAA